CUGAGUUCCAAGGCAUCAAAUUUCAGAUUUCAGAGAGAUGGUAUUGCGAUUUUUUCGAAAUUAGUGCAUUUAUUUGUGUUUCUAAAUUAUUGACAAUGGCUGACCCUGUUUCUUUAAGCUUACCGGCUUUGUCAUCAACAAAUAGUUUAGUAAGAUAUAAGGGAAUUCCUAGAAGAUACGAGGAAACAAGACCAGUCUUUAUCCAAGGAAACACUCAUCGAAAGAUUAUAGGUCUUGGACGAGAUUUGGAGAAAAGAGUACAGGAAAAAUAUGAACAAGAGAAACAGAAGGCAAUCAGGGAUGCUGAACAAGCAGUGUGGGCAGAAGCUGAGCAACGAAAGGCAGCAGCACUGCUGAAGGCAAGAGAGGACUCCUCAAUAGACCUGGAGAGGGCGGUCAAGAAAAUUAACAGACAACAUGAAAAGGCAUUGAAGGAAGAGGCUCUAAGGGUUGAGAUGGCAAUGCAGAAAUUGGCAAUUGAACAAGUCAAGCAGGAACGAGCCGAGGCUGAGGAGCGUCUAAAGGAGGCAGUGAAGAAAACAGAAGCUCGCUGCCAUCAAGAGCUGGUAGAGGCCGUGUUAAAGGCUCGCGAGGAGGAAAAAAAGAUAGCAGAGGAGGAGGCUAAAAAAGUUGCCAAGGCAGCACAGGAAAAAUUUGAGAAGGCAGUCCAGGUAGCUGCAGAAGAGAAGAAAAAGGCACUAAAAGAACUAGAAGAGAGGAAGGACAAAGAGAGGGUGAAGGCAGUGGCUGAAAUGGAGGUGGCCCAGAAAAAGAUCGCAGCCGAACAACUGGAAAAAUUAAAGAAGGAGUAUGAGCAGAUUAAUGCUAGACUUAAAGAGGAAAUCAAAGGAAAACUGGACAUUAUAGACAAACUAAAUCUCCAGGUACUCUGUAUAGAAAAGGCCAAGAAAAAUGUGGAGGAGGUAUUACACGAUACCAAAACUGAUUUCCAAGACUUCAUUGAUAGAUUGCCAGACUCCAUUAAAGGCCAAGUGGGGUACAUGGUACGACCUAUAUACAUUGAUGAGAUUGGUCGGGUGCCUACCAUUGUGUAAGAGCUGAA